GGACUUGCAGUAGAAAUCGUACGUGUAUUACCCGACAGUCCGCCACCUGGUUUAAGUAACAUUUUCUGUAAUGCCGAUGAAGCCAAUCCAGCUGAUAUGCUUAUUACUUUCGAUUGUGACGCCAUGCCGGUAUUGCAAGUUAAAACCUUCCGACAGAAAUCAGGAAAAGUUGAGACUUCCCAUUAUAAGGUAACCGUUUCUAGAUUCCGAGCACGCAUAGCUAAUGCCAUGAACUACAAUACCUUAAAGGGUGAUAUGAGAGUAGAAGGUUUUCCAGAUAUACGCAUAGCCAUGAACAGUGUGGGCGCUAUUAAGCCCAUGGAUCAGGAUGAACAACAAUUCCAGGCCCAAGUUUCGGAAAUUUUAACUAGAGCUUUACGUGAUACCAUUUAUCCUGUAGAUUUCUCUAUGUAUACCACUUGUCCUCGUGCCGAUAUUGAACCCAUGGAUUUGCCUGUAAUUUAUCCCAUUCCAUAUGAUACUAUGGCGGUGAGCGUAAGAACAUUGAGAAGAGAAUUUUGCUUAAAAUAUAACACAUGACAUAUAGACAUGUGUCAGUAAACA